GAGGCGCCACAUCCUGAUAAAACACGCGGCUGCGGAAGAAGGCGUAGGAAUCAGAGGAGGCAACACCCGAGGAAAGCCAUCAGUUGGAGUCACGACAUGAUUUAACAAUAAAUGGCGAGUUUACGUUCAACCAGCAGAAUAUAGGUUAUUUGUAUUUUCAAACAACAGCUCAUAAGAUGCGUUAAAGAAGCACGUUUCCUCUGAUUCAGACUACAAUGAGCAGUAAGAGAGAGAAGGAGCAGAAGAAGAAGCUGCAGCACUUCCUGAAUGACCUGGCCUUGCUUGGAUCGUUACAGGGAUUUAAAUACUUCCAGCCGUGGCUAAGAGGGAAAGAGGAGCUGCUGCUGACUGUUGUCAAUGAGGAUCUGGGUUGGCGUUCUCCGGGUUUUUUGGUGUCCAGAGCGUCCCCAUCCUCCUCCAGCAGCAGCUGUAACAGCAGCGAUGUUUCUCCCAGCAGCAGCUCUCUCAGCGUGGACAGCAGGAGCAGCUCGCCUCUGCCUGGGGAGCCUCAGGGCCCACCGGACCUCCACCCUCACACACAUGACAAGACUCAGCUGCAGACAGCCAGGGAGCCCAGCAGCGAGGAGCAUCUUCUCCCAGCUUCGCCCAGCGAGCGAGAGAUGGCCGUACCUGAGGUGAACUGCACUCUGUUUCUGCUGGCCGGCUACGUGAAGUACGGGCGCCCUUACGCCUGGAUUCGCUCCAACCACGAGCGCUUGRUCAACAUCGGCGGCACGGCCUCGAUGGUGAAGGACACGCCGAUGAAGCUGAAGUCCAUCACGGACUGGCAGACACGAAGUGUUCGUGUCUGGGACGUGGUGAGCGAGCUGGUGACCCUUUGCACCGUUCCCUCCCCCUCCAACCCCUUCGCCUUGGACAUGCGUUACGUCAAAAAUCUUCCCCUGCCGGACCGCUUCCUCGCCACKGGGGCUCUCCUUCACUUCCUGGAGACGUAUGUGGUGUACGGGAACCGGGACGAGUUGCAUUACGAUAAAGUGGUGGAGGAGGUGAAACCUCUGAGGCGGCUGCACGUCCAGUCRAUGCUGGAGCUACAGCGACUCAGAGGAAGCGGCGGAGCAACAAUACAGGACGCUGCCAGAUUAGAAAAAUCUCCUUAAAGCAACAAUUCGCCUCGUUUCAAGUGAGGUUCUGUGGAGAAUUCAUUUAGAAUCRGUCAAUAUCUUACCUGUUGCAGAAAGCAGUUUGGGCGACCUCAGGCUGAAGUUUUAGUCUGAGCAGGACCAAAGUGGACCUCUGCCGCCUUAAAACAACUCCAGUUUUUCAAACAGUUUUAUAAACCUUUAUGUAUUUUUUUUCUGUAAGACUAAGACGACUGUCUGCGUCCAGUUGAAGACUGGUGGGACUGACAAACCUGUUAGCUUGUUAGCAUUUUUAAAGUUGRCAAAACCUAAUUUAAUGGAAGCUAAUUGAACCACUAUUGUUUUUAAAGUUAUUAGAAAGGCUAAUCUGCUAAAUGAAAAGUUAGUUUUGCUAUUAACUGUUAAUGAACAAUAAUAAAAACAGGUAAAUCCUAA